GACAGCUUCGCUUGCUUUCUCAGAAGCCCCGCCUCCUGAUGCUGCGCUUCCUGCCAUGUAGGACACUUUCCCGAAGAGAACUACAACUCCCUGCAGGCCCUGGGCGGGAGCGGCGGAAAUGAGUCACUUCCGCCGACGUCUUGGCCCCUUCGCCUCCUGGGAGUCGUACUUUGACUAUUUGUUUUCGCGCCCAAGAAGCACCUGCGAGGUGCAGCUCCGUAGCAACCGAGCAGACUUACAAGCUCCUUAUAAAAGAGACACAUGGAGGAGACUUUGCGGCCGCCGCUUCUCUCAGGCCCCUUUAAGGAACACUUACGUGCCAUUCCGAUUCAGAACCCCGGGGUUGCCUAGCUGCAGGGCUGGCCAGAGGUCACUGCUUUGUUGGAAGUGAGUGUAGGGGACAGGGAGAGAAGAGAUUAGGACAGGCCCCAAGAGGCACGCUCUCUACCUCUGAGCCCUUUGUUCUCCUCCUGCCUGCUUCCCAGAGAACCCGAGAUUAGUCCCCAGCUCUCAAAGAGAGUUAGGUGUGCUUUAACAUGGCCUCCAGAGGCAAGGCCCUGAGGUGUGAAUAUGAGUAGCCCGUCCCCGCCAAAGCGGAAGAGAGUCUUCAAAAUCCCAGGAUGUCUCAGGAAAAUAGCACGUGUAAGAACGGCACCCUGGCCGAAGAGCUCGCUGCCCUGAGGAUGCAGAAGCUGGAACAGCAGAGGCGGCUGUUCGAGAAGAAGCAACGCCGGAAGCGCCAGGAGCCGCUCAUGGUCCAGGCCAAUCCUGACGCUUCUCUGCGGCACCGGCAAGGGUCGCGGCGAGAAGACCGCUUCAAGGCCGACCACCGUGAGGGCAGCUCCGGGGCUCUCAGAUGGAGACGCUUUGGGAACCCUCUCCUCCAGGCACACCUGCUCCCCGAAGCGCACGGUCCGCCGGGCACCGUGGGCUGCGGUGGGGACGGCAGCGGCGAGCGCUGCCCCUUGCUGUCGCCGACGGAAGCAGGACCCGAGGCUCCAGUCCCCUCCCUCUCCUGGCUUCCAGACAAUUCCGAACCAGAGCUGGAGGAGGUCUCCGUGGAGGACGUGCCCGUCUCUCCUCAGCCCUAUAAGGAGCCUCAGGGAACUCGCCGCAGGGGUUGGCUGGCCUGGAAGUGGCCCGGGGCCACCGCAAAGGACCAGAGUGAAUUACAGGAUGUGGAGGACGAAUUCAAUGAGCCCAGUCCAGACGCAAAGCUUGGAGUGGACAGUGGCUGGGAACGCGGGGACGUGGGCACCUGCCAGAGCGAAGACCCGGAGGAGAAAAAAGAGGAGCGGGGGUCUUCCGGAGUGACCCCCCCAGAGGCAGCGGAAGAGGAGGUGUCGGAACGCGAAGGCAAAGGCCCGAGCGGCCCUGACAGCGGCCACGUGGAGGGCUUGGUGCAGUCGCCGCCGUCCAAGCCCGGGCCUCGGCUGGGCGAGGACUUGGAGGCCUACGUGCUGCAGCCGGCGCCUCAGGGCCACAUGGUGCAGUGCCGCAUCAGCCGCAACAAGCGCGACGUGGACCGCGGCAUGUUCCCCUUCUACCACCUCUACCUGGAGGCCGAGGAAGGCCUGAAGCACUUCCUCCUGGCUGGGCGGAAGAGGAGAAGGAGCAAAACCUCCAAUUACCUCAUCUCCCUGGACCCCACAGACCUGUCCCGGGACGGCAACAACUUUGUGGGCAAAGUCAGAUCUAACAUCUUGGGCACCAAGUUCACCAUCUUCGACAACGGGGUCAAUCCCAAACGAAGGUAUCUGACCCCGGGGACUUCCCGGCUCCGAGAGGAGCUGGGAGUCGUGUGUUACGAGACCAAUGUCCUGGGAUUCCGGGGGCCUCGGAAAAUGACCGUGAUCAUCCCUGGAAUGGACAGGAAGAACCAGAGGAUCAGAGUCCAGCCCCAAAAUGAACAGGAGUCACUCCUGGGUCGCUUUCAUCGCGGAGCCAAACAGGGGCUGGUCCUGCUGCGAAACAAGUACCCGUCGUGGAGCGAAGAGAACGGCGCCUACGUGCUCAAUUUUCACGGCCGCGUUACGCGCGCCUCCAUCAAGAACUUCCAGAUCGUGCACCUGGAUGACCCGAAUUGCCUGGUGCUGCAGUUUGGCCGGGUGGCCCCAGACAUGUUCACCAUGGACUUCCGCUUCCCGCUUUGCCCGCUUCAAGCCUUCGCCAUCUGCUUGUCCAGUUUCGAUGGGAAACUGGCUUGUGAGUAA